CACAGGAAGUAAAAGGUUUUCACAGAGCGUCUCCUUUUGUCCUGUUUAACUCUACACCUAAGCAGUCCUUAUUGGUGUAUUAUUUGUUUAACGAAUUAUUCUAACAGACGAUGUGGCCAUUAAGUCGCGCCACACCUGCAGAUGAAGACACUCCUUUUUGGUGCUUGGGUGGUUCUAUAUGUCUCAGUCCUUUUAGUAGCUCGAAGAAUGUGGACAGGAAAGUAUUCCCGAAGUGCACUUACCAGGACGCUUGUGAUGAACGCGUUAAACAGCUCGGAUUCUAAUACACAAGGACUGCAGGAGUGGUAUCGCUGCUGUCCUGACCUUUUAGGAGAGAAGGUCCAUCCUUUGUUUGUGCAGAGUCACUUAGAUAAUGAUACUCAAACUUUCCUUGAGAGGAGUGUUGAGAAAUCUGGCUGGGUCUUUACCCAGCUCUACCACUCCGUAUUCUCCACCAUCUUUAGCCCAGUUAUCUCCAGGACAUCCAUCAAUGGGCUACUGGGCCGAGGCUCCAUGUUUGUUUUUUCACAGGACCAAUUUCGCCAACUUCUCCAAAUCAGUCCAGACUGGAAAGGAGAAAGAUUACUGGAUCUUGGAGCUGGGGACGGAGGCGUCACAGAAGUAAUGAGUCCACAUUUUAAAGAGGUUUAUGCCACUGAGGUGUCCCUUCCAAUGAGGUGGCAGCUCCAAAGGAAGAACUACAAGUUGUUGGAAAUUGAUGAUUGGCAAAAUACAGAUUUUCAGUAUGACAUCAUCAGCUGUCUGAACCUUUUGGAUCGCUGUGACAAACCUUUAGAGCUGCUCAGGGACAUCAAGAAGGCUCUGCUACCUGUCACAGGGAGGCUGAUCCUUGCAGUUGUUCUACCCUUUCAGCCUUAUGUGGAAAUAAGAGGAAGAUGGGAACGUCCUGCAGAGCACGUCCAUGUGAAAGGCAGGACUUGGGAGGAGCAAGUUAAAGACCUGUCUGAAGACAUAUUCCAUAGUGUAGGAUUUGAGGUGGAAGCAGUGACCCGGCUGCCAUAUUUAUGUGAAGGAGAUAUGUACCAGGACUAUUAUGUGUUAGAUGAUGCAGUGUUUGUUUUGAAGCCUCAGGAAUGAGGUCCUAAAUUGAUUCUCUCUUUCUCUCUCUUUCUCUGUUAUAAAAAAGCUUGAAAUCACUUAAGUGGUCAUCUGAAAGUUUAGAAGUAGUAUAUUUAGAAAGUAUAGAAUGAUGUACUUUCUGAGCGCACAGUAAUAUUUUGUUUUACUGAAUUUAGCUUUAAUUUCAUUGCACGUUGUUGAGGCCAGUUUCUGUGUGAAAGUCACUCCUCAUGCUCCCAGAGCUAAUCUUUUACAGGUUCCUGGAGUAGGCCCAUGGCAUCAGGCAAAAAAAAAAAAAAAAAAAUCAUUGGUGUGAUAAACUGGUCAUUCAGUAUAUUCAGGUCGUCAGCUGACAUCAUUUUUAUUGCCACAUAAUGUUACCAAGCGUAGACUUAACAAACUGAACUCCAGAUCAUAACCCUACCUCCAGAGUCUUGUACAGUGGCCACUAUGCAUGAUGAGUGCAUCGCUUCAUGUGCUUCCUUUCUUACCCUGAUGCACUCAUCACUCUGGAAUUGGGUCGAUCAGAACUAAUCACACCACAUGAUCUUUUUCCAUUGCUCCAAAGUCCAAUCUUUAUGCUCCCUAGAAAACUAAAGCUAUUUUUUGCAAAUGCAUCUGCACCAUGCAGUUUUUCUUUAAGCUCCAUUUCUUUUCCCCAACCACAUUUCUUUAAAGAAGUUGUCAGUUCAACACUAUCCUUCCUUGGAAAUUUUAAUAAUGCAUUGGAUAGUUCUUAAGUCAAUUCCAGUCAUGUAAUCAAUCUCCUAAGUUUUCUUUGCUUGAUGCAGGAUAAAAAGUUUACUUUAUAUACAAAGUAUAUGCAUAUAAAACCUUUACCGUAUACAGAAUUAAAAUUAUCAUUAUUUCUGUUGUAGUAUAAGGAUACUAAAGUAAUGACAAUGCAAUUUAUUUUAAAUUUAUUUUAAGUAAUAGUAUGAACUUACUGCUACAUUUAAAGCUGUUUUUGACGCUCAGAUGUGUAAAGAUAUCCAGGACAUUGUAGACAAUGGAAACAGGAACUUUCUACUGGCUAACAAAGAACUCAGCCAGUUGGCCUGUUGUGCCUACCUUGCAUAAUUACCUCAUGUUUUUAAUGAAUUAUUAUAAAGUUAUAUCCAGACUUUAUUUAAACUAUAUGAGCAUUACAGAUGCACAGAAUUUUAGAACUUGUUUACACAGACUUUAGAUUCAUUUACAGCCAAGUGCUGGACUGGUGCUGUAUUUAAUACCUGUGGCUGGUCACUUCACAAUGUACUGUCUAAAAUAUUUUCAAUAAAAUAAAAUCAUGUGACAAACCAA